AUGAAAAAGUUAGCUUAGCUAUUAGCAUUUUUUUACUUUUUAUUUCUAUUUCUUUUUACUAACUCAUCAAACGCCUCAAAGCUGAAAAGAGUGGAUAAUGUAAAAAGAUAAAUAGAUAGAAAUUUGAGAGAUUUAAAAGUGAAAAAUAAAACAAAAUUCUCAAAUAAAUUACAAUAAUAAGUAUCUGAUGAUGAAAUAACAUGUGAAGACACUGAUUGCUAUUUAUUAACAAUGAAUUCAGAUGAAACUGAAUAAUAUUACUUUUAUUUAGAUAAAUACUUCCCAUUUAACAACUUUGCAGUAACUGAUAUUUAAUCAUUAGAUAGUGAAUGGGUUCAAGUUCCAUGUGAUUAAGAAACUCAAUUUUGCUUUGCAUACCCUUCUUUUUCAGAACCAGAUAAGCGAAUAUAAAAACUUAUUUUUACUCCUUCAUCGCCUAUUAUAAUUGACUAACAAAUAAAUAUAACAAACAUAAACAAUAAUAGUUUGGAAUAAAAAUCAGAGAAAGACGAGGAUGAUAGUUGUCCUGCUGAAGGUAUCAAUAUUAUUGCAUCAAAAGCACCUGAAGAUUAACCUGUUCAUGUUUUUCUUAGCUCUGAUAACUAGGUAUAUAUAAUAAUAUUUGAUGAUACUCAGCAUCCUGUUUAAAAAUAAUCUAUUUUUAAAGAAAAUUUAAAUUCAUACAUAAAUGCUAAUGAAAAGCUUGCUUGCUUUGAUAUUGAGGUCUAUGACUUUGAUGAUUAAUCUUCAAACGAAUAAAGAUUUUAAGAUUUACCUGAUAAUUCAUAAGACUGCUAUUUAUAUGUAGAUUGUAAUAUAUAGGAUAGCACUUAGCCAAAUGAAUAAAUAUUUGCUAUGGUAUUUAUACCAUUAAAAAAAGAUCCAAAUAAUGAUAUAAUAAAUUCUGUUGGAGAGGUCAAUGUCAAUAGAUAUGGAUUGAAAAAUAAACUAGCAUCAGAAUAUUUUUAUACUUGUAAAUAAAGAAUCAGCAAUACAUACUCAAACACUUUGGUUAUGUUCUGUCCGAAUCCUUAAGAUUUAGAUAUAAACUCAAAUCUUCUAUUUUUAAAGAGCUUAGAAAAAGGAGCUAAUUUUCCAAGUGAUGCAGAUAUUGUUUUCAUUAACCUUGAUCCCUUUUAGAAUCCUUAAUGUUAAAAUGUGUCUUCUUUCUAAAUCAAAGCAAUGGUUACCAAUCCACUAUAUAGCAAUAAUGAUGUAAGUUAGAGUUAUUGGUAAUUCGCUAUGCUUGUUUCUAAAUAAGAAGAUAACAAGUGCACAUGCAGUAGUAUUUGCAAGUGUGUUCUUUCAGAAGAUGAUAUGAAUAUUGUUUGCUCAUUUAUCCAGCUUUCUGACUCAUGCUAUCAUGAAAUGACUUACAUCUAAGAAGAUAAUGUCACUCUAUUUGUAGGAAGUGAUUCUUGUAUUGAUGAAAUAUAGGUUGUUGAUACUAAAAAUGAAGAUGGUUAAAAUUUGAUUGUUGGAUCAUUAUCGAUAGGAGAAGCUAAUUUAAUUUUAACAAAAGUAACUGUUAACUCUUAAUAUAUCAUGGCAUAAAUGAAAGAUACAUCAUUUACAAAUAAGUAAAAUGGAAAUAUUGAUGUUGUGAUCAAGAUAUUUUCUAGAACUAAUGAUAAUAGCUUUAUGCAUUAUUAUUAAAAACUAGAGUCUCCAGUUAAUCUAUUCUAAAAUGAUAACUUCUAUGACAUGGGAAAUUAUAUAAUGGUGUAUAUGCCAAAUACUUGCAUUCUAUAAGUAACAAGGGUAACUCAGAAACCUCUUAUAAUUUCAACUUAGUAAUUGUAAGAGAAAUACAAUUUGCCAUAAAUGAGUGUCAUAAAAUUUUAAGUUCAAGGUACAUACCUUGCAAUGAAUGCUCAGCAGAUAUUUGAGACAAAAAGCUUAUAAAAUUUGUUAAUUAUAUAGCUAGUUCCAUACAAUUAAUAGGUUUUAGAUCCAGAAUAAACAUUUUAAAUAAACUCAUAUUGGGAACAAUAAACUGUUAGCUUGCCAAUUAAGAAAGGUGUUACAGGCUCUCUAUUAUAUUUUAUCUAUGAACCAAGUGUGUAAAACGAUAAAUUCUAAAGCUUGAUAGAUUUUAAUUAAACAAUAUCAGUAACGACCAACUUUUUUGAUAGCAAGACUAUAUUUUAUCUCUAAAUUAAUGACAGUAAUAAGCUAUAUAACCCUCCUAAUUUUAGAGUUGUAUUAGCAACCUACUCAACUCCUUGUGUGAUAGAGUCAUAUUAUUGCCCUAUUACAAAUAACAAUAAGAAAUAUUUUACAGGAGACUCUUGUAUCAGAAACUUCUUUAAAGACUUAUCAGUAUAAGGAUAGUAGUGUAAUUUGGACACAUAUUCAGAGGGUAGAGAAUCAUCAUUCGUUGCUGAUAAAACUGAGAGAUUAGGUUACGUAUGUGAAAUAGUAACUAAUAAGUAAGAAUAAUCAUAUUCAUGUAUUAAAGUUGAAGGUGACUUUGUUAAAAAUGAUGAAUUGUUAGACAUUAAUGGUUAGAUACAAGGAUAUUCAUAAGUUGAUUUCUUUUCUUAUUCAUAACAAUCAAUACUUGUCACAGUUACGAAAGAUAGCAAAAAAUUAAUAUUAUAUUUAUUAAUUCCUAAAUACAAUGAUUAGUUUGAGGUUAUAGCUUACUGCUCUUAAAUUUUCUUAGUGGUAGACAAAUAUAAAUUAAGCUCUUUAGAUGAAGGAAAAAUAAUUUAAGUUGAUAAUAAUUUUCUAGUAGAAGAUUUUAUUUUUUUACUGACUUCUGAUCUAAAGAUUUAUACAUUGACAAGAAUAUAGUAGCUUUAUAUGUAAAAAUAAUCAGAAUGUCCUGAUGAAAACUAUGAAAAUUAAAAAAAAAAUAAUGAAAAAAAUAUAGAAAAUUCAGAUGAUUAACUACCAAGUCUUGACAGAUUAGUGCAUGUAUCUUAUGUAAUAGACUUAAAAAAUUAGGUCUAAUAAGUACAAGGAUCGGGCUGUUUAAAUUCUAAAUACUAAUAGAUUUUCAGUUUAUUUGGAUUUGAUGAUAAUACCAUUUCUUUAGUUGUGUUAUGCUAUGGUAAUUCUGUAUAAAUAAUGCAAGAGUUCGUUUUUUAAAAUCCUUUCUACUGUACUUGGAAUAGAUAAUUCCCAUUCUUUAAUUAUAUUGUUGAUUCUGAAGCUCCACAUUUCACUGAUGGGAAAAUUAUUUACAUUUUUACAAAUUAUAAGUUAAGAAUAGGUGAAAUGAAAGCCUAUUUAAUGUUCAAUAUCUAUGAUUUUACUCCUAAUAGUGUUAUAUUUGAAGUUAUUACUUAUUAUCCGUAAUAGUAUCCAGAUCAAUUUUCAUUUUGUGAAUCAUAAAAUGAAGCCUCUAAAACAAAAAAAUUGGCAAGAAGUAAAAUCCCUUUUACUUACUUUUAAUUUUAGAAAUUUUACUAAGAUAAUCCUAAUCCUUCGCUUUAUGCGGCACCAUUUACUAACAACGUUAAGAAAUCAAUAACAAUGUGUCUCUUUUCUUUUGAAGGCUAAACAAUUAUUACCUAUUUAAAUUAUAUUCCUACAUUAUAUGCAAAUGCAUUUUUAACUAAUAAUGAUUAAAUUAAUUUGAAUAUGAUAAUAUCUAAAAUCAAUCUCUAUGAUAUCCAUUUUAAUCAAUAUACUCUCACAUUUGAUUUUACUGACUCAUAAAUUUAAAUUAGUGAUAAUUAAAACUAAAAUGAAAUAGUAGUCUAAAAUUCAAAGCAACAGUCAAAUGUAUACUCACAAUAAUCAUUAUUUCCACUUGAUAAUAUAACUGGCCCAAUAGAAAGUUACUAAGUUUAACUUUUCAACAAUGGAAAAGUAACAAAUACUAAUGAUUAACUGACUUCCUAAAAUAGUUUUUUUGGAGACUAUCUUUCUCUAUAAAAAUAUUACUUCUCUUUCAGUGAAACUUAUUUCAAAUAUAAGGAUGUCUAAGACAUUAUAAACUUUUCAUCUUAUUAAUUUUCGAAUAAUUCAAUGAGUCUUUAAGAUUCAAACUGCUAAGAUUGUCAAAAUCUAAUUGUAGUGCUUUCCUCUUAAUAUCUCAUUUUGAUUGAGAAAAAUUAAUAUAACUCAGGUUAACAUAUUCCAGUUUCAAGAAUUAUUAAAGAGUUUAACUUAUCAGAAUUAGAUAAAGUCGGAAAUGAUAAUUCCUCUUAUUGCAGGAUGACAUUAAACAGUAAUAGCUAGAUACUUAUUUAUUGUGUUUCGAAGAAAAAAUCCACAACAUUUAAGCUUUAUUAAGUUCAAUAUAGCAAAAAUAAUCCUUUUUCUGCUACUGUAGAACUUAGGUAAAUAAGCUCUACUGGAGGUUAUAUAGGAUAUGUAGACUAUAUUAUACCUUUUGAAUAUGACAAUAUAGUAUACUUAGCUAUAUAAACACACUACAUUUAGAAUUAAAAAACAAGUAUUUUCAAAAUUGCAACUAUUAAUUGUACAGAACCAAAUAAAAACAAUCACAAAAAUGAAGAAAAUGGGUGCUCACUUUAAGUUACUUAAACAUUCCCGACUGAUAACUUCUAACUUACAGGCGCUUACAUAGUUGAUUAUGAUGUUUAAUUAAUAGUCAGUUAAGAUGCUUAACAGUAAGUUAACUAACAAAUAUUUGGACUUUUCUUAUCAGAAGCAGAAUUAAACAUAAUCUAUUUCUAAUAUGUUGAUAAAACAUUUUAGGCAUAUGACAACACAGUUUUUAAUUCAAGCUAGAUAAAACUCUUAUUAAAUCUUACUGCAAAUUAAGAAGAUAAUCUGAGCCUCAUAUUUAUAAAACUAAUUAAUGUAGUUUCAUUUGAUAACUUUACUUUCUUGAUGGGAACCAAUAUUAACAUGUACGAAAUUUAAUAUUUAAAUAAUUAAUACAUAUUGGUUUAUACCUAUGGCAAGUAUUACUAGUGUGAAUAUAUAUCAGGUUAUAAACCCGUUAUAUUCAAUUUAAAUGGAGCGCCUCUGAAUUACAAAACUAUUUUUGAUUUAAAUUUAUAGUCUACUUCUGAAAACCCUUAAUUCUAAAUAAAAUCAAUAAUGUCCUCAUGCUCCAGAUAGCCUACUUAAAACAGACCUGUUUUUGAUCCUGAACCUUCAAUUUUCUAAAAAUAAACUGAAAGUAUGUUUUACAUUUAAUAUUUUGUCAAAAACAGAACAAGUAAGUCUUGGCCAGUCAGGAUUCUUACUUUACCAUAACAGUCAAUAGCGACAUCUUACAUAUUUGAGGGUUUUACAAACGAUUUAGGUGAAUCACGUGUCUUGGUUUCUAAUUACUCUUAUUUCCUUGUUGAGUUCUAGGCGCAUUCAAACCUUAAUUUAAAUUUAACUCUUGCUUAAAAUUAAGCUGAUGAAUUAUCUAUCAUUCUAUUAAAUGGCUUCACUGAUAAAUAAAUGAACUUUACAAUUAAGUAUGAUGAUACCCAAUCAGAAAAUAAAAACGAAAUAUGGUUCAUUAUACUAAUUGUAGUUAUUUCUUUAGUUGCAAUUAUUGCAUUGGUAUUUAUUAUACUGUGGAUUAAAAAGUAAAGAAAUGUAAAAGCUGAAAAGAAAAGAGAAAGAAAGAAUAUGAUUUCCUCAGGAUUAACUGAUUUAACUGAUCAAUAAUCAGAAAAAAAUUAUUAAGUCAGAUAAUAUCCAGCCUAGUCAAAGUUAGCAUAAUAAUAAAAUUAUCAACCCACUUAUCAAUAAGAAGAAAGGGAUGUUCGUCCGAGUGGUAUUUACUAACCUUCUGAAAGAAAUAAGUCUUAAAAAUAUAACAGGCUAAGUAUGCAACUAGAUAAUCUUUUGAGAAGUGUUAGUAUGAUGAAUAGAAGAAAUAAUACAGGUGAACAUAAUAAUUCAGAAAUAAAUGAAGAAAAUAACCCUAACACCAAUGAUUAUAACAAUAAAGAAGAAGACAAUUAUUUUAAUUGA